AUGCAAAGGCAAAACCAAAGCCAAAAUGCAAACCCGCCAGAGGAUUUCUCCCUCAAGGAGACUGCGCCUCAUCUUGGUGGCGGACGGUUCUAUGGUGAUCGGCAAUCCACCAGUUACGACCUUGUCGAGCAAAUGCAGUAUCUCUAUGUAAGGGUUGUGAAAGCGAAGGAGCUUCCAGCAAAGGACGAUAAAGGUACCGCCUGCAACCCUCUUGCUGAAGUCAAGCUUGGAAAUUACAAAGGAAGCACCAAACAUUUAGAGAAGAACUCAAACCCAGAAUGGAACCAAGUGUUUGCUUUCCCUAAAGACAGGAUACAAGCAUCUGUCAUUGAGAUUGUGGUGAGAGAUAAGGAUUCUCCGCCCCAUGGUUAUAUGGGGAUGGUCCAUUUUGAUCUCAGUGAGGUUCCAAAGAGAGUGCCCCCGGAUAGCCCUUUGGCACCUCAGUGGUAUAGAUUGGAAGAUCCAAAGGAGAACAAGGCAAAAGGGGGAGAGCUCAUGUUGGCUGUUUGGAUGGGGACUCAAGCUGAUGAGGUCUUUCCUGAUUCUUGGCAUUUGGAUGCUGCAUCGAUUGGUGUCGAUGUUCUUGCGAGCAUUCGAUCGAAGGUAUAUAUGUCCCCUAAGCUUUGGUACUUGAGGGUUAAUGUCAUUGAAGCUCAAGAAUUGAAGCCUAGUAACAAUGGCAGGAAUAGCCUUGAAACUUAUGUGAAGGCUGUUUUGGGAAAAUUUGUUUUAAGGACUAGAAUUUCUCAAAGUCCAAGUAUAAACCCUAUGUGGAAUGAGGACUUGAUGUUUGUUGUUGCAGAACCAUUUGAAGAGCAGCUGGUUUUGAGUGUGGAGGAUAGGGUUGCCCCUAAUAAGGAGGAAGUUUUGGGAAAUUGUGUGAUUCCUUUACAGAAUGUGGAGAGGAGGUUGGACAAUAGGGGUCUGAACACUAGGUGGUAUAGUCUUGAGAAGCAUGUGGCAGGGGAGGGUGAAAAGAAAAAGGAGGUGAGUUGUGCAAGCAAGAUUCAUUUGAGGGUAUGUUUGGAAGGUGGGUAUCAUGUUCUUGAUGAAUUAACUCAUUACAGCAGCGAUCUUAGGGCGACUGCAAAGCACUUGUGGAAACCGAGCAUUGGGGUUCUGGAGUUGGGGAUUUUGAAUGCGAGCAGCUUGUCAACGAUGAAGACAAAGGAUGGCCGAGGAACCACAGAUGCCUAUUGUGUGGCCAAAUAUGGGCAGAAAUGGGUUCGAACAAGGACUAUUAUAGACAGCACUGCUCCCAAAUGGAAUGAACAAUACACUUGGGAGGUUUUUGAUCCUUGCACUGUCAUUACAGUUGGUGUUUUUGACAAUUCCCAUUUGCAAGGGGGAGGGAAGGCUGGGGGAGCAAAGGAUUCUAGAAUCGGGAAGGUUCGAAUACGACUUUCCACACUUGCAACAAAUCGGCUUUACACACACUCCUAUCCACUAAUAGUUUUGCAGCCCUCAGGAGUGAAGAAAAUGGGAGAAAUACAACUAGCAGUGAGGUUUUCCUGCUCUUCUUUGCUCAACAUGCUGCAAGCUUACUCACAGCCUCUACUGCCAAAAAUGCAUUAUCUUCAUCCACUUUCAGUUUAUCAGCUGGACAGUUUAAGGCACCAGGCUACUCAAAUGGUCUCGGGGAGGCUCAGCCGGGCAGAACCAUCCUUAAGGAAAGAGGCUGUGGAGUAUAUGCUGGAUGUGGGUUCGAACAUGUGGAGCAAAAGAAGAAGCAAAGCUAAUGUUGGGAGGAUUGUGUUGGUCCUAAAUGGUUUGGAGAAAGCUGGCUUAUGGUUUCACCAUAUAUGUAGUUGGCGAAACCCCAUGACAACCAUUCUCACUCACAUUCUAUUUCUGAUCCUGGCUCUUUUCCCUGGAAUGAUCCUGCCAACAAUUUUUCUCUACCUUUUCCUGAUUGGGAUUUGGAAGUACAGAUUGAGGCCUAGACAUCCUCCUCACAUGGAUACUCGACUAUCUCAUGCUGAUUUUGUCUUUCCUGACGACUUGGAUGAAGAGUUUGAUGGGUUUCCAUCUUCUCGAAAUGCCGAUGUUGUGAGAUUGAGGUAUGAUCGAUUGAGAAGUAUGGCUGGGAGAAUUCAAACUGUGGUGGGCGAUUUAGCGACUCAAGGGGAGCGGGUUCAGUCCCUCCUCAGCUGGCGUGAUCCUAGAGCUACUGCACUAUUUGUGACCUUUUGCUUGGUUGCUUCCAUAGUAAUGUACGUAAUUCCUUUUCGGGUUAUCGUCAUUCUUGGCGGAUUUUAUGUUCUGAGGCAUCCAAAAUUUCGCAGUAGGCUUCCUUCUGCCCCUUUUAACUUCUUCAGGAGGUUGCCCGCAAGAUCAGACAGCAUGUUCUGAGAAUGAGAAACUCUCUCUUUGGUAAUGAGGACCUUUUGUGGAAGUAUUUUUAUGUAUUUUUCAGUUCUCAUUGUCAUACUGAGAUGCUGCUAUGAAGUAGACUAGUACUAGAUUCUGAUAACGUUUUCUUUCUGAACAUCAUGGGAUGCAUGCUUCAGCUGUGUGGUGUUCUCCGUUUGAAACUAUCUAGAGUGGGGUGUGGAUCUAUGUUGAGAAAACAAAAUGUGGGUGUGUU